AUUAAAGCUAUAGAAAUGUUCUAUUCUUGCCAGGUUCAUCGAUAUGCCGAAUUCAGCAAACUCAUCAGAGGGGGCCAAUGCCUCGCCCAUGAAUUUGCGAACUUGGUGGCUUUUCUUAAGGAUACUAAUUUGGGAGUUCUUUUUGGAGUUCGACAAUGGUUCUACCAAACUUGCACCGAGUUCGGUUGGUUCUUUACGUCCAACAGGAAGAAUGACUUAUUUGGAGAUAAAAUAACUGCUGACUUUGGCGACAGCAUUUGCACAGACGCGUUCAAUAGCAAGUUUGACACAUCUUUCGUCGAAAGGUCUGUGAACGAGACUAAUUUGAACUACGGAGGGUAUAACUUACCUGUGACCAGAGUGGCGUUUGUUCAUGGAAUGAAUGACCCAUGGUCUCCACUUGGCAUCAUGAAAAAAGCUCCCAAAGGGAGUGUCGCUAUCACCAUUAAAGGAGUUGCUCACUGUGCGGACAUGAUGCCAGAUCAAGACACUGAUUCACAACCGCUCAAGAACGCGCGAGCAAGGAUAUCACGGAUGUUGGAACGGUGGAUAAAAGCAAAGACUUCUGAAGAUGAAGAAUUGUCUCUAGCAGAUUUUUGAAAAUCACACUUUGGAAAAUCAAAACAGUGUAGAAUAACAGUGACAUCAAAUCCAU